CUUCUACAUCCUGUGUAGUGAAGUGCCAGCUUAUUUUUGUACAGAAAGUUUAUAUUAUAUGUUGGAAUAAUUUCAAGUGAAAACUGAAGUAUGAACCAGCAAUAAAAUGACACGGAAUCAAACGAUACGACAUACAGAAUCAAUUGAUUUUGAUUUGGAGAAAACAAACACAUUUUCACCAUCUUCAAGACGAACUUUUAAAUCGAAAAAGAAUUGGAAAUAUUUUGUGAUGUUUAUUUAUUUACUAUUUAUUGUAUUAUUAGUUGGGCAUACUAUAUAUUCCUCACUUCAGUAUAGCUUUAUUAAAUCAACUAUUAUUUCUGAGAUUGCAAUGUUGAAGUCAUCGAGUUAUAAUAAUAAUACUGAUCGUAAUUAUUUAAUCAUGGAUAAAUAUUAUGACGGACUCAUUUUAAAGUCAGCUAGACAUUUAAAAACUUAUCCAUCGAUGUUAUAUUCUGAAGAGGAGUAUUCUUCAUAUAACAUUGUUACUACUGGCUGUGAAAAGAAAAAUAUUUCCAAAGAAGCUAUUGAUAAUGUACUGUUUGCAAUUCUUUCAAAAUCUACAAACUUUUUACGUCGUCAAAGUAUUCGUGAUACGUGGGGAGUUAAUCAGAAUGUAUUAUUUUUUUAUUCUUACUUGAUGGAAAAUGAAACAAUUCGUGAUCAACUGAAUAAUGAAUCUGCAAAAUAUCAAGACAUGAUUCCUUUGAAUUUUGUAGACACUUAUUACAAUUUGACUUUAAAAGUACGUACAGUAUUCGAAUGGGUUAACCAAAUUUGCUUGGAAAUAGAUAGAAAUUUUUUGUUGGUAAAAGGAGAUGAUGAUGUAUUUGUUAAUGUAAAUACAUUUGAAAAAGCUAAAUCUUAUUUCAACAUCAAUAAUGAGCAUAUUUAUGGUCACGUGUUUGUUGACAAAGAGCCUAAAAGAACAGCUGACUCGAAAUAUUACGUCUCUAUAGAAGAGUAUCCAUAUAGGAAAUAUCCUAAUUUCAUCAGUGGGUCAUUCUAUGUUUUGAGUCCUAAAGUGAUGCGUAAGCUACUUAUAAAAUGUAAUAACUUAUAUUUCUUUAAAUUGGAAGAUGUUUUUUUUACUGGUAUUUGUGCUGAGCAAUUUAAAAUUUAUAGACAUCAUGUUCCUUCUGUAUAUUCCAGUAAUGAUAAUUUAAUUAUUUCUAAAAAAAAUUUGUCCACCAUUUUAAGUGUUCAUCGUAUGUCUGUACAACAAAUGUAUAAAUUGAAUGAUAUUAUAUAA